AUGUUGGACGCGAACAGCCUGAGGAGUGCAAACACACCACCUCGAGGUGGCACAGUCUUGGGCCCUGCGAGUUCCAGAGGCCUUGAUCCAGCGAAAGCGGCCGUGGUGGUCCCGUACCACGAGCUGCGGCUGGUGAAGGAGGAACUCCGGGAGUUCGAUGAGCAGACGCAACUGGAUGUGAGGGAAUUUCGACAUCGCAUUGCUGAGGCUGAGCGCGAGCUCUCAGGGCUUCUGAGGAGUACGGCUGAGUUUCGGAAGGAGGUGGAUGAUGCUGAAGCCAAAUGGCAUAAACAUCAAGACUACAAAAAAGUUUUGAUGGAUGCUGUGCAGGCGGCCUUGGAUUCAACCAAACCCUCUGAACCGAUGGAACAUGCUCCCCAUGAACUUCUCACUGACUGCUUCGAGAAGCUUCACAGGCUUCAAAACGACAUGCUGGAGGAGGACCGCAAGCGCAAGGCCUUUGACUGUGCUCAAACUGCGUUCUCAAAGUCCAACGCCCUUGCUGAAGACAUCUCCGAGCUCAAGGAGGUCAAAGCAAGGUCCAUGACGCAGUUGCAGUCCUUCUUGGAGCUACGAGCUCAGCAGAGGCAUGGAAAGCUCAAGAAUGCUUUUGCGCAGCUGUUGCCAAUGUCUCCACUGGAUCUCAACUGCUUCUUGAAUGAAAUCUGAUCAAAC